CUGCCCUUGUCUCUCUCUUCUGUGAGCUGAGCCGCAAUUUUGCUUAGUUUCAAGAACAGCCCUUCAUCUUUCUCUCUCUCACACACCACGCAACAUACUCAGCCUUCCAUUUUUGUCAACAUCUAUCCAUGUAUUUUUCACUUAUCUAACAGAUGCAAAGUACAAUAAAUUCAGGCUUUUUAUAGGCGGAAAUAUCUUUUGCCAAUUUUCUGAAUCUCUCAGGGUUUGGUGUGGAUAGCGAUAGAUUGGUCGAUUGGAUUUUUCAAGCUGGGAAUUCUCAGUGGAGAGGAGCUGAGUUUAGAUGAGUUUGAGGUUGAAAUGUUGGGUUCUUGGCGUUCAAGUAGGGGAAGAUUUUAGGGACGGAGGUUCUGGUUCUAGGAUUUCGAGGAUUCUUUAACAUUUGCUGAACUAAUAUAGAAAUAGGAUAAAUCCUCUUUUGUGGAGGGUUGGAUUUUACACUUUGUCUUUGCUUUUAUAAUUUUGGGUUGUAAAAAAUGGAGUACCCUUAUCCAUCUACGGAAAAGGGUGGUUUUUGGGCAUCGCCUCGGGCUCAGAAAGAUGGAAAUGCAUCAUUUGAUGGCGGUACUAGGACCUGGAAUUUGGAAGAUUCGUUUCAAGAAUUGAUGAAUUUCGAUGCAUAUGCCGGAUGGUGUAAUAGUCCAAGUUCAGCGGACCAGUUUUUCGGUCCUUUUGGUUUGUCUCCCAUGAGUUCAAGUUAUGUGCCUUUAGAUGGAAUGAACUUUGGAGAACAGAGUACUGAGGGCUUCCGGGUGGCAGAUGGUGAGACCGGGGGAAGUUCUUCUUCUGGUGUGGAAGAUAAAAUGAUCCGUCAGGAUUUGGAGAACCGGUUCCAUGUUCCGAUGGAUACAGCUAGUGAAGGGGUUGACCUCACUGGUCGAAAUGAUAAGAGCUGUAAACAGCAUGAUGAUGAUGUUGUGAACACUGUGAACUCUUUGAUUUCAAGGCCACCUUCCCAAACUCUUCCUGAGAAAAUGCUCAAGGCGUUGUCUCUGUUUAAAGAGUCAGCUGGAGGGGGUAUUCUGGCGCAAGUUUGGAUUCCAAUUAGGGAUGGUAACAGAUACAUCUUAAGCACUUGUGAACAACCUUAUUUGCUUGAUCAGGCUCUCUCUGGUUAUCGUGAAGUGUCCAGGGCAUUCACUUUUUCUGCAGAAGUGAAACCAGGGUCUUUUUUGGGGCUUCCUGGACGUGUAUUUGCCUCUAGAGUUCCAGAGUGGACAUCGAACGUUAUGUAUUACAAGGAAGCUGAGUAUUUGCGAGUGCAACAUGCUCUUGACCAUGAAGUAUGUGGAUCAAUUGCUUUCCCUGUUUUUGAGGAUGAUUCCUUUGAUUUGUCAUGCUGUGCAGUGCUGGAACUUGUCACAAUUAAAGAACAGCCACACUUUGAUUUGGAGAUGGAUAGUGUUUGUCGUGCACUGCAGGCUGUAAACUUGAGGAGUGCUGCACCACCUCGACUAUAUCCCCAGUGUCUAUCAAAGAAUCAAAGAGUUGCAUUAGCUGAGAUAACUGACGUUUUACGAGCUGUAUGUCAUGCACAUAGGUUGCCUUUGGCUCUGACAUGGAUUCCAUGUAGUUACACUGAAGCUGUUGAUGAACCUGUAAAAUUACGCGUUGGAGGAAGUGCUGCCAGUUCUAAUGAAAAUUCCAUACUGUGCAUUGAAGAUACUGCUUGUUAUGUCAAUGAUCGAAGUAUGGAAGGAUUUGUGCAUGUGUGCAUGGAACAUUAUCUUGAGGAAGGACAAGGUAUUGCUGGGAAAGCUCUUCAAUCUAAUCAUCCAUUCUUCUUCCCUGACGUGAAAGAUUACCAUAUAAGUGAAUAUCCGCUUGUUCAUCAUGCACGUAAAUUUAACCUGAAUGCUGCUGUAGCAAUUAGGCUAAGGAGCACGUAUACUGGUGAUGAUGACUACAUAUUAGAAUUCUUUCUUCCUGUCAAUAUGAGAGGGAGUUCAGAGCAGCAGCUUCUGUUAAAUAACCUCUCCAGUACUAUGCAGCGGAUCUGUAGGAGUUUGCGGACAGUGUCAGAUGCAGAAUUGAUUGGGGGAGACGAUAUUAAAGUUGAGUUGCCCAAUAGGUCAGUCAAUAACUUACCUACAACUGCAUUACCGAGGAACUGCUCUCAACAAUCUCUGUUGAAUAGCAAUUCGAGUUCUUCGGAUCAUUUGUUCUCAGGUACAUCUGAGACAAAGAGUUCUCAUAAGGGAGAUACUGCUUCUGGUGAGCAGGCAAUGGCUGGACCAAAAAGGCAAUCUGAGAAAAAGCGAAGCACAGCGGAAAAGCAUGUCAGCUUAAGUGUUCUCCAGCAAUACUUUUGUGGGAGCUUGAAGGAUGCUGCCAAAAGCAUUGGUGUUUGUCCGACUACACUAAAAAGAAUAUGUAGACAGCAUGGCAUCUUGAGGUGGCCAUCCCGCAAGAUAAACAAAGUGAAUCGUUCUUUGAAAAAGAUCCAAAGUGUGCUUGACUCUGUUCAGGGGGUGGAAGGAGGUCUGAAGUUUGAUCCAGCUACUGGGGGCCUAUUGGCUGGUGGCUCUGUCAUCCAAGACUUUGAUACUAGAAAAGGCAUGCUCUGUCCAGUAAAAAGUGCUUCUCUCAGAAACCCUGAUUCACUCACCCAAGAUACAACUUCUGCUUGUCAAACUUAUUGCAUGGAUGGCGAGAAUUCUGUGGUCAAAAUGGAAGAGUGCGAUAUGGAUGCCAUUGAAGUGCAGAAUGCUAAUAUGCUGAGUCCAAACUCUCGUAAGGAAGCAAGUAAACUGCAGUCAAGCACAGUAGUAUGCUGCAAUGACGCCAAACUGGCUGCAUUAGAUGCAGGGCAAUCACAGCCAGCUAGUCCUUGGCCAUAUUCUGGUAAUGCAUCUCUUGAUUCUUACCUAAAAAAGAGUAGCGACAAGGAAUGGUGUCUAAAUGGUGAUAGGCAGAAGUUAGAUAAAUCCGACCAUCAGUUAGUUUCCCUUAGUUCGAGCUCUCUUGUUGUUGUUGAUGAGAUUGAGGCGAAGAUGAAGAGUGAUAAUGGAUUGGAUGGUGAUGACGGAGGCCUUGAGUAUAAUCAGCCUACCUCCUCAAGCAUGACUGAGUCAUCAAAUGGGUCUGGGUCAAUGAUGAAUGGCAGUUCAUCAAGCUCUAGAAACUUUGGUGAACAAAAGCAUUCAAAAAAUGAGUCAAACUUCGGAGACAGCAGUUCAAAACUGACUGCGAAAGCUACGUAUAAGGACGAUACGAUUCGGUUUAAAUUUGAUCCUUCUGCAGGAUGUUUACAACUUUAUGAAGAAAUUUCAAAGAGGUUCAAACUACAAUUGGGGGUGUUCCAGUUGAAGUACUUGGAUGAUGAAGAGGAAUGGGUGAUGUUGGUAAGUGAUGCAGAUCUCCAAGAAUGUCUUGAGAUCCUAGACUUUCUUGGUACUCGGACUGUCAAGUUUCUGGUCCGAGAUACACCUCAGACCAUUGGCAGCUCAGGUAGCAGCAAUUGUUACUUGACAGGAGGUUCAUAAAGUCAACGGCGCAAGCUGAUAACUGUUGUUUCUUGAAGUGAAUUAUGUUGGCUUCGAAGCUGAUCUCAAGGAGUGACUUAAAACAUCUUGUUUUGCACUCAUCUUCUGGAGUUUUGUCUUUAUACUGGUUGUGCCAAUUGUGUUUUGGCUGAAAAACCAAGCAUAUAAAAGAAUAAGAAGGAAGAAGCAGGCCAACGGCUAGCAUUUUUUUCAGUAAGGUUUCUGAUUGAAAUCCAUCCAUGUCACUAGAUCUUUUUUUUUUUUACUUUUGUACAUGUAGAAGUUACUGAGGUUUGCAGUCUUUAGAAGAGCUAGGCCGCUAAAUGUUUGUGUUCUGACCCAUUCUGUAUAGUAGUUAGGUAAAAACAUAUGUAGGAAAGUAUGAAAGUAUCAGGGGCUAAUAUCUCUGCUAAUGUAUGUUUUUGUAUGAAAGGAUAGUAGAUUUGUUACUUCCUGUUUCUAUCUUACCCUA